AAGGAGGAGAAAUUAAAAGAAAACUUUUAUUAACCUUGGCCACAGCACAUACCGAAGAGAAUCAACAGAUAUUUAUUGUAGUAGCUUUACAAAUGAUAAGAACAACUAAAAGAUAAAUAUCUAAAAGGUAGACCUAAUCAACUUGGAAAGAUUUUCAUCGAUAUGUGAUUGUGAAGACUUCUAAGCCAUCACACCAUUGCGUUUUAAAACAAACAAAGCCCGACAUAUUAGGAUUGGUGUGGUAGCCUGCGGAGAAUUUUAAAACCCACCAGGGCCCAGAUUUUUUUAAAAAAAUAUCACCAUGUUUGAAAAGGAACCAGGUGGGACCCUCUCCUCUCGAAACAUAACCACGCAACUGGAAAAUUCUACAUCAAUCUGUGUCCCCAUUCCCAUAUAAGAUAAGCACAAUCCACCUACAACGCAUCAUGUAUCCUCUUUAGAUAUCUAGAGAGAUGGGGAGGACCCUGUUAUCCUCGCCGGUGUCGAUGUUCCGAUGGCCGGAGUUCGACCUAUCCAACCUCACCAGAAGCAUGUCGUGGUCCAUCUUCCAUUGGCCGGAGUUCGACUUUUCUUUCUUCACUCCAAGCUGGCCGGAUAUCAACUUCUCGCCGAUCUCGAUGGUCGACAGCAUCCUCUGGACCUUCGUGACCGCCUUCGAGUCUGUUGCCUUGGUUGCCAUGCUGUGCUUCUUCUUUGUCUUCUGCGGUUGCACCAUAUGAGGCUAUUGCUAGGGGUGCAAUUAAUCUUUACUCGGCGAGUUGUAACUCACUGUCUCAAAUUCCGGAGAUCAAAUGAUGGAUUUUUCUUGCUUUGCUUCCAUUUUUCUUUCUUUUCUUUUCUUUUCUUUUCCUUUCUUGUUUCCGAAAGCACCAUGGGAGCACUGGCCUUGAGUUCUCCGGUGGUCUUGCCGCGGGAUAAUGGCAAACUGGUGGCGGUGACUAGCGGAUAGGAGUGUUAGGUGGCGCCCGACCGAGGUAUGUGGCACGUGUCGUGGACUCGUGGGAAACAUGCCUAGGCUUGUUAAUCUCCUCCACAUUUCGUUUUUUGUUUUGUGAGCUGUUAGCCUGUUACUUUCUGACGCCUGUCGUACAUUAUUAUGAUGGUAUCAGUAGACCUACUCUUUAUGGGUCC